AUGUCUGUUCCCUCAGAUCAUUCAACGCGUCGUUUAAGAGUCCUUCCGAGGUCAAGGCUAGGAUGCAAGACUUGCAAAAUUCGACGAGUCAAAUGCGGCGAAGAAAAGCCUAGCUGUGUUCGAUGUACCAGUACAGGUCGCAAGUGUGACUUUGAAGGCAUACAGCCUUCUUCCACAAUUUCGCUCAUCGUCAACCCAUUGUCAUUAUCAGCAAACACCAAUACGGUGUGGCGAGAGCGACGUGCAUUUGCAUAUUAUUUCGAAUGUGCUGCCUCCUCCAUUGGUGGUGGAUUGGAUGUUGAUUUCUGGCGCACUGCCGUCCCACAAGUUUGCCGCUAUGAACCUGCUGUUUGGGAUGCCAUCAUCACCAUUAGUGCCCUAUUCGAGUGUCCCCAACAAUUCUCAGGACCCAUGCUACAACGCCGUGAUAAUCCUAUUUCUCUCGCUAAAAACAACCCAGAUGCCUUGGGUUGGUACUCACGCUCGGUAUCUGCCGUUCGCCAGCGCAUUGAGCAGGGUAGCAUAGACCUCUUUGUCGGACUGAUCAGCUGUGUGCUUUUCAUCUGCAUUGAGGCCAUCCAGGGAAACGCAGACGGGGCAUUGCAGCUUUAUCGUCAAGGUGUGCAGCUCAUUACCGCUUUGCGUUCCCAAAUAGCAUCUGGUGCUGCGAGUAAAGCUUCGUUGUUGGAGGAUACUAUUAUCCCGGUCUUCAUCCGUUUGGGAACAUUUGCUCUCGCCGUCCGUGGGGCUCCAGUGACCGCUUUACUACAAGACACCGAACAUUUCUCAACGGAACGGUUUGACUCACUCAAAUCUGCUCGGGAGGCGAUCGGGCUAUUAGCUGUAGAGAUCCCUCUCUUCGAAGCAACAUGCACCAAGCACUUACUCCAGGCUCAUGUCUAUCAUCUUCCCGGAGAAUUUAAUACUAUACUAUCCAGUCUGGCCAGCAGACUGAAGAACUGGCAUACUGCCUUUGAUAAGUUGAAGACAAGUCUCCGCGCCAAAGACCUUUUCUCGCCGCAAGAGAUUGGUAUUAGUGCCCUUUUGUUGAGUUAUCAUGAAAUGUUACAUGUCAUGCUCGAGACCUGCACAUCCUCGUCAUUGAUGCAAUUCGACACUUAUCUACCAAACUUCCAAAAUAUCGUUGAACAAUCUGCCAUUGCCCCUAAAGCCUCGGUACGAUCAGACGGCACCCAACCACCAUUUACAUUUGACAUUAAUAUCGGUCUUCCGCUUUGGUUCACAAGUCUUCGAUGCCGUGAACCGCGUACCCGACGUGCGGCACUGGCUCUACUCCGUGAAGCACCCUCAGUGCAAGGUUUUUACCAGUGCUACAUAUGGGCCGCCGUGGGCCAAAUAAUCAUGGAGCUAGAAGAAUCACAUGCAAUGGGAAUGAAUGCAGCCCAUCAUCCACCCAAAUCCAGUGCACUGGAGUCCUCAAACGGGCCAGUUCACAGCCCUGAGCUUGCCGCAAGCUCAUAUUGUGCUCAUGCGGACAUGGGGCCGAGAAUACCAACAGCAUUGUUUAUCCCAGAGGAGGUGCGCAUUGGACCCAUUUCCGCUUUUCGGCCAAUAGAUGGGUUUCCUCCUGGAACUACAGAGGCAGAUAUCGCGAAGUGGAACCGGGGCCCUGAUCAAGUCUUUCUGGGGUUUUCCAGGAACGACCGUGGUCUGACUGGAGAUGCUUCUCGGAUGGUAUACCAAUACGUGCCUCUUGACUUUUGA